CUAAAGAUCUGUAAAGUUAAUAUUGAGCUUUUUCAGAGAAGAGAUGUUCCACUGAUGUACUUCUAUGCAUUUUGGAUAACUUAUUGGAUCAAUUAUAGGAACUACUCCCAAUUGCUUCUAGACUUUAAUGCACUCUUUGGCUUUCGUUCAGCAGUUAAUAUACUGAAGAAUUAGUAAGAAGUUAUGCAAAGUAAGACUGAAGCACUCUCACCUCAGUCCUAUCAAGGCAUCAGAACUGUGCAGAAGUUCAGAUGAGGAACUGAAGAUUUGUGAUGAAAACGUGUUCCCUUUGAAAAAGAAGCAAGUAUUUGGAUUCUCCAGCUGUUGCAGUCAAGACAGAAAAAGUGAUGAGGGACUCAAAAAGGAUUCCUUUGAAGGAGGCUGAUGAUACAUAUUAUGAUUAGCAGGCCUGAAUGCUAUGUCUAAGUGAAGCAAGUGGGAAAUACUGUCACUGAUUUCAGUUGGGUUUCUGGAAAUAGCUCUGUUCCCCAAAGGAUAAAUGCACUCUUCUACAGGCAUGGUAGAAGUGACUCAGUAGAAAUGUGUAUUAAAAGAAAUGUGAGAGGUUUUUUUUUUUUAUGAGCAGAGCAAGUGAGGUCAAUAUUAAGUGUCUUAUUCUGCUGUAGAAAGCUAUUAAGGUAAUAAGAACAUCAUCAUAAAUUUCAUGGUUUUGGUAGUUUAUUUUUAAUUCUGCCUUUCUGGGAUUGCAACCAUUAUGCUUUUUUUUUUUUCCCCUCAAACAAAUUAGGAGCCUCUGGACGCACUGAUGUAAUGUUCUUGUAGUCUAUCACUGUGGAUCUGUGAGCCAAUCUGGUGCACAGAUGAGUCAGUUCAAGACUGGGUGUGUACCUGGGAGCUUGGAGGAUCCAAAAGCCGUGACACAUCAUAAGUUGAUACAUGCUACUUCUGAGAAGGUGCUGACAGACACAAAAACAGUGUUAGAGGAAAACAUUCAAGACAGAGAUGUCUUGCUCUUAAUAAAGAAGCGUGCACCACCUCCACUCCCCAAAAUGGCAGAUGUGUCAGCAGAGGAGAAGAGGAAACAGGAGCAGAAAGCUCCUGAUAAGGAUGCUAUUCUCAAAGCAACUGCAAAUCUGCCUUCUCGCAAUGUAGAUCGCACUGUGGCCCAUCACAACAUGAGGGAUUUUCCUUUCUUGCAGUUCCAGACAGAGCUCCGGAAGAUCUUAGUUUCUCUCAUAGAAGUUGCACAGAAACUGCUAGCACUGAACCCAGAUGCAGUUGAGCUGUUUAAGAAGGCAAAUGCCAUGCUUGAUGAGGAUGAGGAAGACAGAGUGGAUGAGAUAGCUCUACGACAGCUUACAGAAAUGGGAUUUCCAGAGAGCAGAGCUGUCAAAGCCCUUCGAUUAAAUCAUAUGUCAGUGACACAGGCCAUGGAGUGGUUGAUAGAACAUGCAGAUGACCCUACAGUGGAUGCUCCGCUUCCAGGUCAGACUCCAUCAGAAGCCCCAGCUGAAGCUGGUGCGUCCUCCGCUGAAGCGACUGCGGGUCCUAGCUCAGAAGCCGGUGGGGAAGAGGCCAAAGAUGAACUGACAGAAAUAUUCAAGAAAAUCCGGAGGAAAAGAGAGUUUCGUCCAGACCCACGAGCUGUCAUUGCCCUGAUGGAGAUGGGAUUUGAUGAAAAAGAAGUGGUAGAUGCACUGAGAGUAAACAACAACCAGCAAAAUGCAGCUUGUGAAUGGCUGCUGGGAGACAGAAAGCCUUCUCCAGAGGACUUAGAUAAGGGAAUUGACACCAAUAGCCCUCUCUUCCAAGCCAUCUUAGAAAACCCAGUGGUACAGUUGGGGCUAACAAACCCUAAAACUCUACUAGCCUUCGAGGAUAUGCUUGAAAACCCCUUGAACAGCACUCAGUGGAUGAAUGAUCCAGAAACUGGGCCCGUCAUGCUACAGAUCUCUCGAAUCUUCCAGACACUGAACCGCACGUAGAGGGGAAUGCCAAUCUGCUGUGCCACUUCCUACUGUCCCUCGCUCCACCUUCCCAGUGGGAGGGAGCGUGGAUUGCCGGGGGUGUGCGUGGAGAAAAAGCGUUCUGUCCAAACGGGGGUCUCUCACACGAGAGCAUACGUUAGUUACAGCCAACCCGAAGUUAAUUGCCUUGUGGAUUUAGUGUUAGUGGAAGAGGUUUGAAGACUUAUUUUUGUUUUCAGGUAUUAGGUUCAAAAUAAAAUAUAUCCAAAUAUAGGAAAAGGUUUUGUGAAAACAAUUAAGAAUCUGAUUGGCGAGAAAUAUGAUGGUAUUGCUUGUGUUUUAAGCUCCUUGAUAAAAAGGCCUGUGACAGUAGUUUACUAGCCAGUUUAUCUAGCAUCUGGCUAGCGUUUACAAGAGGUCACUGACCACUAGCAUAGGAUAUUAAUCAUCUCCAUGCAGUAUUAAUUUAUGGGGAUAUCAAAUUAUAAAAUGCUUUUUAAAAUUGAUUCUUAGGAAAUGUUUUUAAAAGCCCAAAUACUGGGAGAGCAAGCACAUUUCUAUCCAGACUUGUUUGUCUUGCAUUAUAAUUGAAGCAGAAUAAUUCAUAGAUGGAAUUCCUUUAGUAAAUAGCAUUACUUUUUCCUAUUUAUUUUCUGCAUUAGUGUUCAAGUCCUACAGGGUUUAGGGUUUAGACUUGUAGGAGAUUCUGUCGGCUACAUUAAAGAUGCAGUAUCUCUUUCAUGACAGAACUUGCAACACGAACACUUGGUUUAAGUGCUGCAAUUCAUAAGCUUAUACUCUGCCAUAUCCCAGUGCAAGCAGGAUGUAUUCACACUGUUUUUUUCCAUUUUGAUGUGCAUGUUUUUAAAAAGGGAGACUUGUGUUGUUGAUUUUAUUUUUUUUUCAGACUCUGUUUACAAAAAGAUACUGAUUUGCAUGAGUGUUCAUGGAAUGGUAAUCUGCAAAUAAGCAGAAAUGCUUAUGUUUUUAUCUCAUUUAAGGUAUUUAAAAGCACGUUUGAAACUAUCUUUGAGAUGCAAGCAUUUUUUUCUCACCACCUUUUUUUUUAUAAACCCUGGAAAUAACAAGAAUGUCAGGCUAAUGACAGGCUAUGUCUUUCCAAGUUUUAUCAGAAGACUGAGAUUUCAGACAGGAAUUGCGAGCUUCUAACAGAAGAACUUGCUAGUGAAUAUCCAGCUAGAUUUUGUUAUCAUUGGGCUAUGGAGGUGUUGGUUUUUAAUAGUCUGACUAAAAUGUUGUUUUUCUUUUCAACUUAGCGCCACAUAAUUGACAUCUGUCAUAGUCUGUCAAGUCUUGUAAUCCAUAGCCUUUUUCCAAAAAGGCAGGCUGUGCAAGACCUGCUUCUCCAAAAUGCAGAGGAACCGGAGAGAGGCCCUAUUCUUAAGCAGCACGAAGGUGUCUGUCAGAGGGCUAUCCUGAAUAGCUCUACAACCACCUUUUAAGUGCUUUUUGUGUUGCUAGGUUUUGUGUGUGGUUUUUUUUUUGUUUGGGAAUUUUUUUUUAAAAAAUGUAGCAAGAUGCAACCCGAAACCCUGCAACAAGUUUUGGCCUGAACUUGGCAUCUGAUCUAUAUUAUUAUGCAGCCAGGGCACUGAAGUUGCCAAUUUCACAUAAUUAACGUGAAGGGUGGGGAAAUCAAAACAUCAUGAGAUUUUUAUCUUGGCUUACUAUCCCAGGACUUUUUUUAUUUUUGUUUUUUGUAAUUUCGUAUUAAGCUUGCACUUCAUGAGUGCUGAAAUGUUUACUUUUACAUCUGAAAAUUCAGAGCUUUAUAGAGAUCUGUCUUCUCUUCAAAUGGAACAGUAACACCAUUUUCCUGGACUCUUGUUAAGAACGGAUUGACAGCAACAGUGUUUUCCUGGACUCUUGUUAAGGACAGAUUGACAGUGUGACAUGAAAUUGUAACUUUGUUCUAUAGUUGUAAAAGCCAGGAACCUGAUCCUACAACCCUGUGAGUUCAGUGCAACUACUCACGAGUAGCUGUGACUAAAGGCUGUGGCAUUAUAAAAAGUUUUGUUUGUUGGUUUUUCUCAUUCCCUGCAGCUUUUGACGUGUAAUACCACCAGAGGACAUUGUUACUUGAAGUUCUAAAGGUCUUUCCUAUUCAAUCAGGGUUCUUGUAAAAACUCCUUUUAGUGAUUCUUUCUAGGAGACAAAGCUGGGAAAGAAAAACUACUCAUUCUGUAAUAUUUUUUGGCUUUUGUAUAAACGAGUACAGCUGCAGACUUAUUCAACAGACACCUGGGUAGCAGUCAUGGCCUUUUACUGAGCCUUUACGUUCUUCAAAGACCGUUUCCAUGCUUCUGUUAUUUCAGUGAGACAUGAUCAGACUCUGCAGUGGCUGUAGACAGCUUCCAGACAAGGAUCGUCUCUCAGCUUUGGAUUCAUCUAAAAGUUUGGUCUCUGGUUUGCUGGCAGAACCAGUUAUGAUACGGCAAGAACAAGCAACCUACCUCACCUGUUGCUACUGACAGAGGAGAAUAUGGAUGAUUAACUUGAACCAGCUGCCUAAUUUUUAGAUGGCUGAAGUUGGGUGAAUUCCCAAUAUAGAGGGUCUAACUAGCUUCAGAGGAGCGGAGCGGCUCACUCUUGAGGAUGAAAAUUCUGCUACUCCUGCAUCUCUGCAUUAACCCCGGAGCAGUGGGGUUGGUCAGUGUGAUACUGCCAGUGCCUGUUACUAAACUGUCGUCUUCAGUGUUGGUUUGAUCAGGGUGAUAAAAGUUAUCAGAGUUGCCUCCCUCAGUAUACCAGAGCAGAAUUGGUGCCAGUGAUUCUUUUAUUUAAAAAAAAAGGAGGAAAAAAAAAAAAAACAUCAGGAAAGCAUAAUCAUGUUAAUAGGUGAAGG